AAGUCUCUUAUUUCUCCUUUCCUUUUGCUUAGCGGAGAUUUAGUAGAAGCUUCCGAUCGACACUUGCCGCAGCAGCCAACAACAAGUGACGUGCGACGCCACGCACUCUCCCCUCUUAUUAGACUUUUGACGCGGCAAAUGAGCUCAAAAUUAUAAUCAUCAUCACCAUCAUUCCUCGUCAUCAAAAUCGACCGUUCCUAUUCUCCAUCUUCGCCUCUUCAUCAUAUAAUAAUUUGCAUAACAUAAUAAUAAUAAUAAGAAUUCUGAUCGACGACGCAAUUUUGAAAUAGUUAUCAAACCAAUUCGAUGGAGAAGAAGCACAAGGAGCUGCAGCUCUGGGCGCGGCUGUGGCGGUGGGCGAAGACCCUCUUCUUCGUGCUCACCAUGCUCGCCUCCCUCCUCCUCGUCUGCGCCCCUCCGCUUUUCGUCGUCGUGCUCGACCUCCUCCUCCCGACUUCUUUCCUCUCCUCGUACUUCCGCAGUAGCUCCCGAUUGUCCGCUACGAGACUCGCCGACCAGUUCCGGGAUUUCCACUUCCGGUCUUCUCUCGUCGACGUGCCCCUCGUCUCCGCCGCACGGUCGCUUGUCAUCCUGUGCGCUUAUGCGGCUUGCGGUGGGCGAGGAGUGUAUUUGGGAAUCACAACGCUCUGCAGUUUCACGUCGGCGUGUUAUGUUCUGGUGAAGUCGAUUGUUAUGCUCGGGGUGGCCUCCGGGGAGUGGGGGCGGCGGCACCGCGAUUUUGGGGAGAAGGGCGGGGCGGCGGCCGUGGAAGCGCUUUUUCUGAGCUCGCUGGCGCUUGCGGUGGCGCAUCUGGUGGUGGCGUACCGCACCAGCUGCAGGGAGCGGCGGAAGCUGCUUGUCUACAGAAUCGACAUCGAAGCAGUAAAGUUGAAGGGAGUGCAAACAAAAGGAGUGAAGUGAAAGUGUCAGAAAAAGUUACCAGCUUAAAUUAUUAAAAAAAAAAAGAAAAAUAUUUCCUACAUAUGGUAAGUGAAAACACUUUUUUUUCUUUUUUUUUUUUUUUUUUUUUUUUUUUGCGUCCACCACGAGACGAAAUAUUUGAAAAUACCCAUCAAAUGUAAGAUAUAGUUCUCCAAUUUUGAUUACAUGGUAAUGUACAUUCCAACUUGGGCAUAAAAAUAUGCCCAAGUAGAUUGCAGUGUAAUGUGUACAUAACAGAAUUUGCUUCCUAAU